GAGGAGAGAGGAGCUAAUAAAUAAUUAAGGACGUCCAUGUAAUUUGCGCUAGUUUUCCCGCGUGAUAGAGUAGAGGGACGAAACACCAACAGAACAUUCUUACCUUGUCGAGUGUGGGACGUACAACGUGCCUACUUUCAAAAACUUUCUGGCUAACUGUAUUUCGCCUUCUUUAUUCCGUUUUUUUCAUUGGGGCUUUAGUGGGUAUAAGCAUAAACCCAUAAUACUGUGCUGGACUAAUUUGACUCCUAGUAUAAAAACAACCUGCCGAAGUGAACAACCCGGAUUAAAAAAGAAGAUCAAGCUACUUUUUCGCGUGUCGACACUUUUAAGAUUUCUGAAAGACAUCUAGGUAUGUCUGUAGAAUAUAGUCGAACUCUGGACAGGUAGCCAGGUGUGUCACUGUUGCUAUGGCAAUACAUUUGCUGCCAUUGUUGCCUGCCCUCCUCGCUGUCCUCCUCGCUUCCUGGACAACAGCCCAGGACUUGGAUUGGCAUUUUGACUCUGGUAGGUGUCGCUAUGCUCUAGGAAUGGAGGAUGGCUCAAUACCCGACUCUGACAUCACUGCGUCCAGCGCCUGGUCUGACUCCACUGAAGCCAAACAUGGGAGGCUAAGCAAAGGAGAGGGGGACGGGGCAUGGUGUCCAGCUGGUCCGGUGUUCCCUAGUGGUUCUGAGUACCUGCAGGUGGACCUGCACACACUGCACUUCCUUUCUCUGGUUGGCACGCAGGGGCGGCAUGCAGAUGGGCUCGGACGGGAGUUUGCACGUAGUUAUCAACUCCGUUACUCCCGUGAUGGACGACACUGGAUAACAUGGAAGGACCGCUGGGCGCAGGAGGUGGUAUCAGGGAAUAAGAACACAUAUGACAUAGUCCUAAAAGACCUGGGUCCACCCAUUAUAGCACGCAUGGUGCGGUUCUACCCGCUGGCAGACCGCGUGAUGAGUGUGUGUCUGAGAGUUGAACUCUACGGUUGUGUCUGGAAGGAUGGACUGAAUGCGUACACUGCUCCUGUGGGUCAUGUGAUGCACCUGUCAGGCUCACCUGUCUACCUUAAUGACUCUGUCUAUGAUGGCAGCAAAGAGGCAGGGGUGAUGUUUGGAGGCGUGGGCCAGUUGUGUGAUGGUGUUUUAGGUGGGAAUGAUUUCGUGGAGAGUAAAGAGUUGAGAGUGUGGCCAGGAUAUGAUUAUGUGGGAUGGAGUCGCGAAGCAUUGGGUCAACCCACUGUCGACAUUGAGUUCCACUUUGAGAAAACACGGGUUUUUCACACCAUGCAGGUGCAUAGUAAUAACAGGCACAGUCAGGGUGUGCGGGUGUUCAGUGAGGUGGUGUGUGAGUUUAAGCCCAGUCUUUUGAGUCCAUGGGCGGAGCCAGCAUUCAGCCUUAAGGUGCCACUGGAUGACCUGCAUGACCCCUCAUCCCGCACAAUCUCACUGCCUCUUGGAGGACAACCAGCUCAAAUCCUCCGCUGCCGUUUUGCCUUCAGCGACCGCUGGCUCCUCAUCAGCGAGAUAAGCUUCUACUCUGUGCCAUUUGAUGAUGGAUCUCUCCCUCCUCCUCCCCCUUCCUCCAGUGCUCGUCCUCUCAAUACCACCACUCCACAAACUUCUAACUCUGCAAAUGGAAGCAGCAGCCCCACCGACCUCCUCAUGAGAACAUCCCCAAUGCUGCCCAGCAGCAUGCCAACAGGGGCGGAGUUCCAAGCCAUCACUCUGAGGGCGGGUUUACCGGUGGCCAAAGAUGACAGCAGCAACACGGCCAUCCUGAUUGGUUGCCUGGUUGGAAUUAUCCUGCUCCUAUUGGCCAUCAUAGCUGUCAUACUGUGGAGGCAGUACUGGAAAAAGCUACUUAGCAAGGCCCAGGGCAGUCUCUCCAGUGACGACCUACGAGUUCAUCUUUCGGUUCCAUCGGAUAAUGUUGUGAUCAACAACACAAACACACACACAUACUCCAGCCGCUAUCAGCGCAUACACACCUUCCCCGAUGACAGAGACCGAGAGGGCGAGUACCAGGAGCCCAGCACUGUACUGCGACCCCGAGAGCAGUGUGACAGCACAGCACUGCUGUUAAACAACCCAGCAUAUCAUCUUCUCCUGUCUGACCUGAAACAUGGCCCCAACAGGCUGACAAACUGCCACAGCCAGCAAGAAAAGCCCCAAAACCUUCCCCAGGCUUGUGCUAUUGAUAUAGUUGAUAAAGGACUACCCAUUCAGGAAGGACCGCCUCCUUACCCUGGAGCCACGCCCCCUGGCCUAUCAGGAGCUCAUUAUGGAAAGGCAUCAGGAGGUGUGGGGAGUGUUCCUCAUUAUGCAGAAGCUGACAUAAUUAGUCUGCAAGGCUGUAGUGGUAACAAUACAUAUGCAGUCCCCGCCCUCUCGGCAACGCCCACAGACUGCCCACCACUGCCUGAGUUGCCACGGGAACGACUUAUAUUCAAAGAAAAGCUGGGAGAAGGCCAAUUUGGAGAGGUUCAUUUGUGUGAGAUUGAAAACCCUCAGGAACUUCCGAACCUGGAGUUCCCAUUUAAUGUGAGGAAAGGACGACCUCUGCUGGUAGCUGUGAAGAUUCUACGGCCCGAUGCAUCUAAAAAUGCCAGGAAUGAUUUUCUGAAGGAGGUGAAGAUCUUAUCUCGCUUGAAGGAUCCGAACAUCAUCCGUCUGCUGGGUGUGUGUGUGUGCAGUGACCCAUUGUGUAUGGUCACAGAGUACAUGGAAAGUGGAGACCUCAAUCAGUACCUCUCCCAGAGAGUGUUACUGGACAAGACUGGACCUCUACAUAAUACACCAACCAUCAGCUACCCAGCGUUGAUCUCCAUGGCGAGUCAGAUUGCAUCAGGUAUGAAGUUCUUGUCGUCUCUGAACUUUGUGCAUCGAGACCUGGCCACACGAAACUGCCUGGUGGGUGGAGAGAGAGGAGAGGGAGAGGACAGUGGAGAAGAGCGUCAGAUCAAAAUUGCUGACUUUGGCAUGAGCAGGAACCUCUAUGCUGGCGAUUACUACAGGAUCCAGGGCAGAGCUGUGCUGCCUAUUCGCUGGAUGGCAUGGGAGUGCAUACUUAUGGGGAAGUUCACUACUGCAAGUGACGUGUGGGCAUUUGGUGUGACGUUGUGGGAGAUGCUGAGUGUGUGUCAGGAGCAGCCAUACAGUCACAUGACCGAUGAACAGGUCAUUGACAAUGCAGGGGAGUUCUUCAGAGACCAGGGCAGACAGGUGUACCUGGCUCGCCCGGUGGUGUGCCCACAGGGUUUGUACGAGCUGAUGCUUAGCUGCUGGAACAGAGACUGUAAACUACGGCCUUCCUUUGCGUACAUUCACUCCUUCCUCACUGAAGAUGCCAUGAACAUGGUUUAGAGAGAGAGGGACUAAGAGAUGAAAAAGACUGCUCUUUUAUUCUGCUCUUCUGUUUUAGCAGGAGACAGAGGAGAGAUGUAAGAAAGUGUGUGGACCACAGACUGGUGGUGUGUUUUUAAGCAGACACAACGGCUAAGCACUCUUAUGUAAAUUAGUGUAUUUUAUGAUCGGUGGGUCGGGGCCCACCGCAGGUUCGGUGCCCCUAAAUGACCUGCUGCUCGUCCCUUAUCCUAAACUCAAUAAGCAACAUUUUAUCCCAAAAUGAGUUUUUAAGCUUGCUGUUCCCCUGUUAAUGCUCAUCACAUUACAUUUCAAAGUAUUAGUUUUAAAUCACACAGAAUGCACUACGGACAUGGCCAGGCCAUUCUUUCCUUCCCUAAACAUUACUUGGACAUUUCUCUGCCUCAUACUUUCUUUAAAGGGAUAGUUCACCCUAAAUUAAAAUUCUAUUAGUAUUUACUCACCCUCAUGUCAUUCCAAACCCAUACCUGUAUUUUGAAAACUCUUAAUGCAGGUGUUUUCCAUACAACAAAGCACUAAUAUGACAAGAAAAUAAUACCAUAAAAUUGUUCAUACAACUUGUGUGAUAUAUUCCAAGUCUUCUGAAGCCAUAUGAUAACUUUCUUUGAGGAACAGACCGUUCGCUAUUCAGUGACGCUCUUCUCCAGAACUCGAAAAAACGGAUCAGUCCAAUUCGUAAACGAAUUGUUCUGUCCAGUUUGUGAAUUGGUUCAUUGAAAAGAACCAACUCGAAAGAAUGCUCCAUUCACUAAUUAAACUAAUUCGGUUGUUGAUUUCAAAUCACCGUUUUAAUGAAAAUACUUAUUUUGUGGUACAUGGAAAAAAAAAACAGCAUACGGGUUUGGAAUGACAUGAGGUUGAGUAAUGAAAAGUAAUGUUUUACAUUUUUGGGUAAACUAUCUCUUUAAACAGUGAAGGAAAAUUAAAAAUGAACCCUUUCUGUAAUUGUUUCCAACUAUGAAAUUCAAGUCUAGUUUGCUCUGUGAGGUCCAGUUAUGUUGACUAAUUACUGACAAUGGGCUAAAAGGAAAAAUAUGAGAUUUUGUGAUAAAAUGUUGCUUUGCAGCUGAACUCUAUAUCCUGGUCAUCUAACCUAUAUCCCUAAACCCUGAACCAACAGCUAACAAAGCUGUUUCUUCAUUCCCUGAACACUGAAUAGAUCUCAAAACAUAAUCAUAGUAACUGGUGGAGGGUUUUGUAGCUAGAUGACAGGCAGCACCAAAGUAGACAGCUCUAAAAACUCUUUAGUCAUAGUUUUCUGUGGGCAGCAUUGGACAAAUGAUUGAUUGCGCAUAUUUAAACAUACUGUAUAAAAAAAUACAGCAGUUAUGCUUUUUUUCUACUUGCAUAAUAAAUAAUUAUAGAGAAUAACAUUUAAAAUUAAUUUAGCAGUAAAUAGCAUUUAAGGUCAUUUAGAGAAUUGUGAGGGUGUAUCAGCCAGAUUUAUGUGUAUUUUACUGUGGUGGAGGGUAAAUUGCAAACUAGGAAAGUAAUAAUUAAGAUCAUACAGAUCAUUAAACAUACACAUUGUUGGGGAAUUUAUUUCAUCUCAAUAAGUAAUAUAAAAUUAUUAUUUUGAAUCAUGUCCUAACCAGCCGUGAUGCAACAAGAUGAGUGACAGGACAUUUCUGUGGUGCUGUACAGAGUUGCCUCACUCAGUGUGAAAUCUCAUUGGUAAAAAAUCCCACUCUAGUGUUCAAUGAUGGCUUAUUGGUUGUUGCUGUUAACUUUUCUGGUUAGAACUUAAUGAGUGCUUAUACCUGCACACCAAUAUCUGUAUAACUACCCAAAAUCUGCUUAUUCAAAAAUCUGACAGUGCAAGAAUAACACAUUGACAUUUGAAAUCAUCUGAUUAUUCUCUGCUUUUGACGUUAAAACAUAAACAGACAUGCGCACAACACUUGUAUACAUUUGAUAAGAAUGUCUGGAAAAAUAGACAAAUAUUUUGGUGUAAUUACGUAUAGUAUCCAUCUGCAAGUAAUCACCUUUCCCGGCAUUCUUACCCGCUUAUCCAGUGUGCGCAAGUUCUGUGCACAUGCGUAUUUUAAUUUUUAUGUCAAAAGCAACAAAUGAUUCCAUUAUUUUGAAUGUCAUGUAAACACAUCUAAUUUUUUAAAUAAGCUAAUUCAUGGUAGUUAUCAGUGUUUUGGCUAAAUGUUGAGACAUCAUAAGCAUUCUGUCACACUGAGCCCUAUUUUAAGAGUGCUAAGUGCAGCGCUAUGCGAGAAGUCAUACACGCAAAGUCGAUGGGCAUGCCCAAUACGUUUUGGGAAUUUCGUACAAUGAUGCACUAAGUCUAGGCGCAAGUGGGUUUGGCAAAGUUGCAUGAACAUAGUGCAAAUGGGCUGGGUCAAGUGCAAUUUAAUUCAGAGGUUCUUCUCUGGCACCAACUGCAUCCUAUUACAAUAUAUACUGUAAUCCAUUCCCUGUUAAGCACCAGCGAUAUAAACAAAGACAGCACAUUCAUAAGAAGUUGGUAGUGUAUAAGGGCUGUGUGCAGUGAAUUAGAAGAAUAGAAAUAUGGAUUUACGUUCUUUUGUGCAUUUAACUGCAUCCUUGCUGAAUGUUAGUCUUCUAUGACAGUGACACGCUCCUUUUAUUUGCAUGGAAAAUGUGGUUUCAUCAGGACUUAAAUGUUGGCUCCAUUAAAUUAUAGAAAAUGUUAGUUAUUAAUCAAAUUGAUCUACUGUCACACAAAUCAUGGGUAGUAUUAACUGAUUGUAUCAGCCUAGAUUCGAUUGUGGAUUGAUUUGUUUUGGGUUUUUUUGGCACACACUUCACUUCUACCUGCUGAUUUUGCUUUAAAAAUUGCAUUCAUUUAUUGAAACACAAAAAAUUUAAACCAAAAAUAUUUCUAAUUUCAAAUUUAAUGAAAAUAUAAUUAAAACCAUGAAGUGGUCAAAAACAAAUUUUACCACCUGCUGUAAAAUCCAAAAAUGUUACCCUCCCCAAUUUCUACCAGCAUCUAAAAAUCAAUCUACAAUGACAAAUACCAGUACAAACUAGAUCAGAAAUACAAUUUUAAAUUAAAACAAAAUAAGAAUAAUCAUUGAAAAUUAAAGAAAGUUAGAAAGUUUAACACAAAUCUCUUAACUUUUUGUUUUUAAAAUAGCUACAACGGAUUAUCAGGGAGAUAAUUUGAUAUUCCACUAUAUUUUCAGAGUUUGGACAUUAUCCAACUGCUGGUGGAAUCUCCAAACUACAAAUGCAGGAACUGAGUUAUACAUCUUUUAAAACAUCUUAACGCAAUGACCUAUUUCUCAGGAAAAUAGCAUAUUGGGCUUUGUACCGCUUCAUCAGCAUACAAUACUUCCACAGUUUGACGGCAUAAACCCACAGACAGUGUAAACACUCCCACCCCCACUUGCGCUGGCACAAAGAUUGGGAUUAGGAUUAGCGCUCUCACGAAAAUCAGAUGCGGCAUUGCACACUUUCGUUGUGCAUUGCACUGCACCUUGUGUGGUCAUGAAAAUAGAGCCCAUUCAGUUAAUGCAGCCAAUCUGAGAAAUUGAAGGCAGUGGACCUUCUGAAGACCCAUCUAAAGUGGGGAUGAACUUUUCUGUGAAGAUCAUGAUAAAACAGAAAAGGGAUUCAAGUGUAUACUGUUGAAUUUGACAAAGGUCUAUAAUUCUGUUCAACAAUGUGAUGUAGGAUUGAUAUUUGUGGCUUCAUACCUGUCCAACAUCACACAAAUGAUCUCUGUCACUCCUUUCAUUUACUGUAAAUGUGAUUUAUUGUGUAGUCAGAGUCUGCAGAUAGUUUUGUAAUUGGCCUGGCAUUAUGUGAAAUGACUUGAACUAAGCAGAACUUCUUGAUCAGAACUUGUGGUAGUAGUAUGUUCUGGGUUCAACUGGACUUUUGGAAAUCCUAAUUGUUUUGUACACAGAUGGACUGUGUGGUAGUAUACUCCUAAUGUGCUAUUUGAAAGGACUCGAUGUGUCUGAACUUGACAGAUUUGUAACAAAGGUGCCUGGAAAGUAUGGAGAAAGAGUAAAAUGAGCAGAAAGGCAACAGUACAGAAAGGAUAUACAUUUAUAUCAGUAAGCGUGACAGAAAUUAAUUAAUAAUUUUCUGUGUUUACAAAGAAUAAUUGAAAGUUCAAUUGCAAUACAAAAAAAUCCAGCUGCUGUUUUACAGUAGCAGCACAUUUGAAUCUGUCAAUCACUCUCAUUAACACUUAAUUCCUCAAUAAGUUGAUAGACUUAAGACAUCAAACAAAUCUUAACCACUUUCAUUCAGAAAGUUAGAAAAGUAAUUUUACAAAAGUGAUCAUAUUAACUAUGUAAACACAUGGGGGACUUACAGAGAAAGUGAUAGCUGUUACUUUAUGUAAUUUCUGCAACUGGAUGAUUGUUGGUGGCACAACAGCCACCUUUAGGAGCUACAAGGUAAUAAGGAUGUAUGUUGCCUCUGUGUAAAUGUUGUACAUGCACUUUUAAACGCAAAGCUAUUUGUAUUUUUUAUUUUUUUUUGCCAUAAAGUUCAGAUAACUCUUGAAGUCUCUGUGGUACUGUUUCAGAAGCUGCAGACUGUACCUUUAAAACUGGUGUUUGGAUAAAUAUACAUCAUUGAUAUGUAUGUAGUGGUGGAAAGUAACAAAGCCACAUAAGUAGCCCUAUACUGUAAUAUACACAAGAAUAUAAGUCAUAAAUGGUUAUGUUGCUGUGCUGACUAUGCUUAUUGAAUGAGCUUUAACAUUUUUUGGUACACUGAACUAAGCUUCUAUUGUAUUUUUAUAAAUAUAGUUUUGGGUAUCUUCUGUCCUCAGCUAUUUCAUCUAUUCAUGUUUCAUUAAAAAUGUAAAUAAUUCAUGGAACAUAAUAUUCUUCAUUAAUAUUUGGUAUAUGUUGUUAAUCGGGUCUGUCCGUAUAUGUUUUAGACUCUGCCUCUUUUAGUCAUUGUCAUUGCCUGUUGUCUAUUUUUAUAGAUGUUUUAAUAAAAUAACCUUUUCAAAUAAAGUUUAAAC